AUGUCGUCGAAGAAGGCCGCCCCCGCCAAGGCUCCUGCCAAGGCCGCCGCCAAGGCCCCCGCUAAGGCCGCUCCCGCCAAGCCCGUCAGGGUCCGCAAGGAGAAGAAGCCCACUCAGGACCUCACCAUCAAGACUCCCCUCGGUAUUGCCCGUGGUCUUAAGAGGGGCUUCCCCGUCACUAAGAGGACCAGGAAGAUCCGUACGGCCGACGUCAGGAGGAUUGGUAAGCGCACCAAGUUCGUCCGUGAGGUCAUCCGUGAGGUCUCCGGCUAUGCCCCCUAUGAGAGGCGCAUCAUUGAGUUGAUGAGGGUCGGUCUUGACAAGCGUGCCCUCAAGCUCGCCAAGAGGAAGAUCGGUACCCACCGCCGUGCGCUCAAGAAGAGGGAGGAGAUGGGUAACGUCGUCUCGCUCCAGCGUCUUGCCGCUUCCAGGGCCAAGGAGGAUGCCGAGGAGCAGCAGUAA